AUGACUCUGGCGUUCAUCCUCGUUGAUCCUGACAAGCUUCGAAGGAACGACGGCACCGCCAUCGCCAAAUACGAACAUCUCUCAGCUUGGCAAGACGUCUGUCAAACUGUGGCACUCUUGAGAGACCCAGUCAUACUACUUCUGACACCCACAUUCUUCACCCUGGAAAUCUUCUUCCCGUUCAUGGCUUCAGUCAAUGCUUACACGUUCAAUCUCCGUACUCGUACGUUGAAUGCCAUACUUGGAAAUGCCAUUCAGAUUCCAUGGACUCUGCUGGCGUCUGGUUGUGUCGUUGAACAUAGCUCGACCGAAUCAGAAGAAUAUCUCCUAGUUAUGGAACUGUGUCGUUUUGAUCUUUCAAUGCCUGUAUCAGGUCUGGAGCCGUGA